CAAUACAUCACAUAUUGUUUCGGUUUAUUCAGUUCCGAUUCGAAUUUCUCUUAACAGAGAUUAUUUCGGAAAACAUGUGUUAGGUGCUACCCGUAUACUAUUUCCACGCCCCCCUUAAUUACGAUUUGGCUAACCACUUUUCCCGUAUAUAUCUCUCGAUCGAGCACUAUCUUCAACACCUUCGUCUCCGUUGCAUCGAAACCAAAAAAAAGUUGCAAUGCAGCUCUCUUCUACCGCCACGCUCGCAUCCCACUCCUUCCAGUCCCAGCCUCUCCUCUCGCACUCCCUCAGCGACAACAAUGGCUUCACUGCCGGCGGCGGCGGCGGUGGCGGUGGCUGGCGGUCAUCGUUGGCCGGUCCACGGCAGCCGAAGCGGCUGCACUCCUACGACGACUUGGUGCUUGCCGCCCGUGACGGUGAAGGCAACGACGACGAUGGAGGGAUCGAGGCCUACUUCAACCGCUGCCAUUCGACGCCGGGGUACGUGAGCUUCGAGGACGUGAUCCACUCGGCGGAGUUCAAGGAGGACAUGUCCCGUCGGUCGUCGCCGGAGGCUUGCGUUAUCAGCGACCCGCUCGUGCGAUCGACGUCGCGGCUGUACGCGACGAGGGUUCAGCCGCGCCACCGGCGGAGAUCGCCGGGGCCGCUAGGAACCCGCCGCGGCGGUGCCAUGUAUCGGCUCAUCAAGAAGUACGUGCUCCCUUGCCUAGGGUUUGUCGCUGACAUCAUCCGCCGAACAGGUUGAUCAAGUCGUGGCACACCACCUCGAUCAUCAUCGGUGAGCCAUUGACAGACAGAUCAGAUCAGUCAAAAAUAACAGAUCAGCCAAAUAUUCUUUGAUAGAUUCGCAUAGGAGAUCUAUAAAUAGCGCUAGCUAUCUCGCAUGCGAAAUCUACUAGUAGUUAGUUAACAGCCUUGUGGUGUCUCAUGCAAAAGAAUUUAUUUUAAUCCGUCAAUGGUUUUUUUUUUCCGGGAACACAUGAUGUAUUAUUUGGUUUAUUUCCAUCUUGUAUUCGUGACAAUGCAAAUGUGAUUUAUGGAGUGGCAAAUCACAAAUUGCUCUAACCUAGCCCACCUUUUGAUAGGACUAAUUCAUAACAUGAACCCUGGCUCAAGCCUGAAAGAUCAGUUCAUAGCAUGAUGAAUAUUCAUGAUACUACAUUGAAUAUUGAUAGGUUAAAGGAGAUGGGCACU